CUGGCGUCACUGUUGAGCGCAGAGGAUUAUGGUUAGACACCGGAAGUAAGAUGGCGGAGGUGACAGAUGAGGUGUUUUCUCUCUGAUGCUUGGAAACAGAGGAGCUUGACUUUAUCCUGAGGAGCUCAGACAGCAGCAUGGCAGAUGAGAAUGAGAAACCUGCUGUUGCUCCUCCAGUGUUUGUGUUUCAGAAAGAUAAAGCACAAAAGAGGUCGGCAGAGGGAUCCAGCGCAGAGGAUGGAGAGGACUCUGAUAAAGAAGACGGCAGUUACAGCCCUGCUGCCAAAAGAGGAAGAACCUCACCAUUUACGCAGUUCCCACCAACUAAUUCUGUUUCUAAGAAUAAUGUUUUCAUGCCAUCCACUUUCUGCCAGUCACCAACCGGAAACUCAGACUCAGAACCUGAAGAGAAGACUGUGGGGUUUCGCCUGAAGCCCCCGACUCUGAUCCAUGGCCAGGCGCCGAGUGCUGGUGUCCCGAGCCCCAAACCCAAAGAAGCCCAACGCAGCAUCCUGCGACCUCCAGUGCUGCAGCCCCCUGUGGCCCGAUCACCCCCUCAGAACAGUGAGUACAAAGAUACAAGCAACAGCAGUUCAAAUGGAGCGAAAAACCUCUCAGAUGGAGGAGCAGAAUGUGAAGGUAACUCAGAGACGCCUGCUGCUGGCACACAGGAUAAUGACCUGUCAUCGGUAGAGAACGACAGCAAUUUUGAGCACAAAACAGAAGGGGCCCCAGUUGAGGCCGGUUUUGUGUUCGGACAGAAUAUGAGGGACAGAGCAAAGGUGGCCAACAGACGUCUCUCAUCUGAAAGUGGCGAUUGUCUUCUGGCAGAAAAUUCAGAGGAAACAAAUUACUUUUUGCAAUACAUCACUUCCAGUCCACAAAAACCUGACAGCAGCAAUGCCAACAGCGUGAAGUUUGUCUUUGGGCAGAACAUGUCGGAUCGUGUCUUGGCGCUGCCGAAAUUCAGCACUGAACCUCCAGGGGGCAGCAGAGAACCUCAGCCGGAGAUGGGCCUGUUCAGCCAGAUUUCCUCCUCGCAAGAUCAAACCGUAGAGAAGAAAUGUGCUGUAGGUGACAGCACAAAAGAGUCUCUGGAGGAGUCUGCGGCGCGACACGAAGCACACAAACCCCAGAAGUGUUUGUUAGAGCGUGUGGAGGUCAGGACGGGAGAGGAGACUGAGAGCAACGUGCUGCAGAUGCAGUGUAAGUUGUUUGUGUUUGAGAUGAUGUCUCAGUCGUGGGUGGAGAGAGGAUGUGGAGUGCUCAGGCUCAAUGACAUGGCGUCCGCUGAUGACGGCACCUUACAGUCCAGACUGGUCAUGCGGACUCAGGGAAGUCUUCGAGUGAUCCUCAACACUAAGCUUUGGCCUCAAAUGCAAGUGGAUAAAGCCAGUGAGAAGAGUCUCAGAAUAACAGCCAUGGACACAGAGGAGCAGGGCGUCAAAGUCUUCCUUGUAUCUUCCAGUUCUAAGGACACUGCGCAGCUCUUUGCAGCCCUGCACCAUCGUAUCCUGGGGCUGCGGAGCAUCAGCGGGCAGGAGCCUGACGGAGAGCUUGCCAUCCGCUUCAGCGACGACGACGAAUCCCGCACGCCUCCCACAGCGGCUACACCUGCUCCAGGUAAUCCAGAAGCAGGUGUGUGUCCAUCCACAGGUGACACAUAGUGCCGAGCCUGCUGCUGAUUUCUGUCCCACAAUGCCUCUUUGCAGCCCUCAGAUCCGCUCAAAUACUAUGCAGGUGUUUUUUUUCUCCAAAAUCCUUCAGGUAUACUGUAGCCAUGUGUUCAGCUGGUUUUAUUUAUUGCAUUUUAACAGCAAAAAAGCUCAACUUCAGGACUGGACACGUAACACUCUUAAUGUCAUCAUAUUGAUGAAAAUUGAGGUUCUUAGUGUUUUAGGAAACCAAUUUUUCCAUUCUAAAUGUGAAACUUAAUUACUUCAUUCCCUCUUGAGUGGAAACAGGAUAAAGCACACACAAACCGAACACGGAUGUUUGUUUUCCAUCUCAUCUUCCAUCACGGUUCUGCUCAGUUUCAGCUGGAUUGUUAAAAUCACCUCACUUUAGAUCUCUGAAUGACUUCAGAUGAGCCAUGGGAUGCAUAAGCGGCAUUUAUUUUACUCAUAUAGUGCUGUAGAUCAGUACAAUAUUAACAGAGCUGAUUGUCUAUGCGACCACUCUUAUCUGGAGUUUUAUAAACAUUUCAGAAUCAGAAACUUUUACACUGCAGCUUUAAGUGGACCUCGUUUAUUCAUAUUAUAUCAAAUUUAGUCUUUUUAUUCAAAGGAGACGUUCACCCAUAAAUGAAAAUUCUGUUUUGACUGACGUCAUUUCAAAGCUAAAAAAAAGUAGAUUAUUUUUGAGAAUUCUGAAAAAAAUAACAGAAUAUGGGUUUGAAUGUGUAAACAGUAACUAAAAAGUUUUUAUUUUUGGGUGAAAUGUUUUAGCUUUUACAUAUCAUUGGGGUGAGGUUGACCUCAACUAGCAAACAAAAGGAACUGUUGUACAAAUACUGUAAAUUAUCCUUCAGUUUCAAUGCAGUAGUAACUUUUCACACAGUAUAUUUUUAUGAACAUGUCCUGUAAAUCAAGUUAGUGUUGUAUAUAGUUUAGGAUCAGACGUUUUAUAGCAAAAUAUCUUGUUAAUGAUAUUUAUUUAUUAUAAAAUGGGUUCUGUAUUGUCGGUUACUACAGUAAUACUAUCUACAGUGUUUUUCAUCUAAAUAUUUUGUUUAUUGGGGAGUUUUUGUCGUUUGAUUAGUGAAAGACUGAUUCUGUGCUCUGUUACUCUUAUUUAACAAGAAUUUUGUUUAAAAAAAAAAAAAGAAAAGGUUAGACAGCAUAUUUUAAAAGCAUUUUGUGGUUGCGGAGCUGUAGAACUGGCCUGUUGGGGUGAAUCUCACAGAAUCUAUCUGGGUUGUAUUUCACACUAAAAUAAGAUCACUAAAGGAAUAGUUCAACCAAAAAUGAACCUUUGCUGAAAACUUUUCAACCUCAGUUCACCCAAAAUGUAGAUCAGUUUGUUUAUCAAAACAGAUUUGGAAAGAUUUAGCAUUACUUCAGGUGCAUAACAGUCAGUGGGUGCCGUCAGAAUGAGAGUCCAAACAGCUGAUAAAAACAUCAUAAUAAGUAAUCCACACCACUCCAGUCCAUCACUUAACAUCUUAUGAAAUGAAAAGCUGUGUUUGUAAGAAACAAAUCCUUCACUAAGCACAUUUUUAAAUUCAUAUCUAUAAUAUUGCUUUCUCCAGUGAAAAAGUUAUCUGGUCUGAAUCAGGAGAGAAAUAUGCACAGAUGCAUAAACAAGUAUGUUGGUGCGUUUUGAUGUGAGAAACAACAGGGAAUGGACUUUUUCACUACAGGAUCCCUUAUUAUGGAUUAUGAAAUCAUAUUUUGGCCAGAAGUUACGGUUUAAAGUUAAAACAUCUUAAUAAUGGAUGUGUUUCUUCAAACAUGCAGUUUUUUUACUUCACAAGAUGUUAAUGGGUGGACUGGAGUCGUGUGGAUUAUUGUGAUGCUGUUAUUAGCUGUGUGACGGCACCCUUUCACUGCAUAGGGAUUUAUUGGCAAGUGACGUGAUGCAAAAAUGAUCAUAUAUAUAUAUGUGUGUGUGUGUAUAUAUAUAUAUAUAUAUAUAUAUAUACACAUAUAUACAUACAUAUAUAUAUAUAUAUAUAUAUAUAUAUAUAUAUAUAUAUAUAUAUAUAUAUAUAUAUAUAUAUAUAAAAUACCGUAAUUUUUAUCUUAUAUUAUAUAAUAUAUUUAAUUAUAAUUUUAAUAAAUAGUAAUAGGUUUCUUUUUAUUUUGGGGUGAAAUGUGAUUUUUUUUUUUUUUUUUUUUUUUUUUUUUUUUUUUAAUUAUUAUUAUUAUUAUUUUUUGGUUCUGCUUCAUCUUAAGUUAUAGAAGGCAGUUUGUCAGCUAGCAUGGGUCAUUACAAAAUAUUACAAAAUAAUUAUAUUGUAAUAUACUUACAAGUGAUGUGUUUAUAUUGUAAUAGAAUUAUAUUAUUGAGAUAUAACUGAAGUAAAAAAAAUUUAGUGCUGUCAAAUCGAUUAAUCACGAUUAAUCACAUCCAAAAUAAAAGUUAGUUUACAUAAUAUGUGCGUGUUAUGUAUAUUCAUAAGUAAAUAUAAAUACACAAAGAUACAUGUAUAUAUUUAAGAAAUGUUUACACAUAUAUGUAUUCAUAUAUGAUUGAUAUUAUAUAUAAAUAUAAAUGUAUAUUACAUUUAUUUCUUUAAUAUGUACAUGUAUAUGUGUGUGUUCGUAUAUACAUACAAACACACACAGCACACACACACACGUUAUGUAAACACAAACUUUUAUUUUGGAUGCAAAUCGAAUAAUCGAUUUGACAGCACUAAUUUAAUUAUAGUACAGUCAUUUUAAUAAAUAGCAAUUGUUUUUCUUUUGAUUUUGGGGUGAAAUGUGACCUAGAUAUUUUUUUGUGAGAUUUGUCCUUAUAUACAUUUUUUAAAAAAAACGAAACCUGCUUCAUCUUAAGUUGUAAAGGCAGUUAAAGUCAGUUAGUGUGGGUCAGACGUCACACACAAUGUAUUCAACGAAGGGCUUUUCCCACUCUGCUGCUGAAUAUCCUCAAUACACUGCCAGUGACAGGUACUCAACUGUAGCAUAUGCACAAAAUGUGAAAAUAGAAACAAUGUAUGGUACAUUGUCUGACUGUUUCUGUCCACACGUGCUGUAAAGUGUCUGGAGCAGAUGAUCCAUUGCUCCAUCCUGCCAGUCUUCUGAAGAGCAGGAUGUGUGGCCACUGAUCAUCCCCCGGUCUGUCAGAUGAGAACAGGUUACAUUUUUUUUUUGAGUAGGAAUGCACUUAUAUUGUUAAAAAUAAAAUGAGUGAUUUGUAGAUAUGUUGGUCAAUAUACUAAAUAAGCCUUUGUUACAAAUGCGUUUAAAAACUAAAGAAUAUUUUUGUCCUAUUUGCAGAGGUUUAGUGUUUAUACCAACUAUAGCACUUACUUGUUGUGUUUUGUGUUCAUAUUUGUGUUGUUUCCUUUUGACAUUACAUUCUGUUCUGCUUCAGAAUGAAUGUGUGUUUCCAUACAGUUAGAUGUUUUCCAUCAAAAUGAAAGCACUAGCAGGGCUAAAGGUUUACAAAACAGAUGUUUGCUUGAUUGAAGAGUUGAUUUCUGUAAAUGUUUACAUUCAGUGUGUUGCAGCAGAUGUACUUUUUUUUUGUUUUUUUGGGUUGAUUGUGUUAGACCCCAGAUAGACUGUGAACAUGCCGGUGCUAUUCCUGCUCCAGAACAGCUCAGCUGCACUGGUCUUGUGGUUUAAAUAUACACUUUUGCUUUGGUGAAAGCGUUUAGAGAUCGUUUAGAAGGGCUAGUCUGCUAUUGGACUGUUGAUUCCACUGGAAUAAGUACGUCUGUUUGUUAACCACGAUUCUGAAACAUGUAAUGGUGGUCAAACGUGGAUGUAUAUUUGGUCUGUUUGAGACAUUUCUGUUUUCCUUUAACCAUGUGAUAAGUUAUAAAACCCUGGAAUAUGCA